CUCCUGGCAGAUGAGGGCGGGCCCAGCCCAGCCAGAGCGCACCCCUUCUCGGGCAGCUGGCCUCUGGGAUGGGCAGGUAGCAGGUGGCAGCCAGGAAUAUUUGACCCCUGGCGCCCGGAGGCGCUCCCACCCCCCCUCAGGCACACGCACGCGUACACCCCAAGCCUGGACGAGCUCCACAGAGCCUGGCCGGGGCUGCUCCAGAGGAAGGGGCUGGUGGCGGGCGCCCGGGACACCCAGAGUCACCCUCUGCGUGCUGGAUAGCAACAAGCCUCAGCACAGGCAGCUCCCCACGGAUCGAUGCCAGCCAAAUGAUGACCAGUUGUGGCCAGCAGUCCUUGAACGUGCUCACCGUCCUCUCGUUGCUGAUUUCUGCAGUCUUGUCCGCGCAUUUCCGGGUCUGUGAGCCAUACACGGACCACAAAGGCCGCUAUCACUUUGGCUUCCACUGCCCCCGGCUCUCGGACAACAAAACCUUCAUUCUCUGCUGUCACCAUAACAACACAGUUUUCAAAUACUGCUGCAACGAGACCGAGUUUCAGGCGGUGACGCAGGCGAACCUCACGGCCGGCUCCGAGGGCUACGCACACAACAAUUACACCGCCUUGCUGGGGGUGUGGAUCUACGGCUUUUUCGUGCUGAUGCUGCUGGUCCUGGAUCUUUUGUAUUACUCGGCAAUGAACUACGACAUUUGCAAGGUUUACCUGGCACGGUGGGGCAUCCACGGACGAUGGAUGAAACAGGACCCCCGGCGGUGGGGCAAUCCUGCCCGGCCCCCCCGGCCAGGGCAGCCCGCCCCGCAGCCCCAGCCUCCCCCAGGCCUGCUGCCGCAAGCCCCCCAGGCCGUGCACACGCUUCAGGGAGAGGCCCACAGCCCACCACUGAUGACCUUCCAGAGUUCGUCUGCCUGAAAACCCUUUUGCCGUGCCUCAGGAUGGGGGAGGUGAGACCCGAAGCACCUGGCACAGCCUCCAAGGAGACCAACGUCAACAGAGACCCCAGGGAGAGCCGAGGUGGCUGCGGCGGUGGCAGAGGAAGAAAUGCCACCUGUGCCCACAACCCCCUUCCGUGGACUUCUAAGACUAGGAGCAAACUCAGGGGUGGGGGCCAGGGGUUCUAAGGCAGGGGUUCAAGACAGGGUCUUGAGCCACCUGUCUGCAAGCAAUAGUCCCAUUCUGGGCUGGUGGCUUCUGAGAGGGGACGCCAUUGUGGACUCAGGAUGACCAGCACAAAGCUGUUCCGGCUAAUUCAAGCUGCAGGGAUUUGGCCUGUGCACCAUACCUGUGGGCCCCUUGCCUCCAGUCCCUCCAGUUGUGGCCUGUGGGCCUGUGUCAGAAUACUGAAUGUGAGUGUGUGUGUGUGUGUGUGUGUGCAUAAGUGUGUGUUUGGAGGUAUGAUUCGGGGUGUUCUUUUUGUUUGGUUGCGUGUUGGUUUCUAUUGGAAUCCCCACGAGUCCUCUAAUGGGCACAGGUCACCAGUGGUGGGGGCCCUGGUCAGCGUCCCCAUUCAAACUUCUUGCUGUAGCGGGCAGCCGUGAACCCCCUGGAGUCACCAAGCAUGAGGCAUGGUCCCGCUAUGUCUCAGAGGACAUGGGGAUUUGAACAUGUUAGUGAGGGUUUGUUCUUAUGGAAUUUACCCCCCUAACAAUGUAAUAAUAGGUGAUGAGGCAUCUUGGGCCAUCCACGGGACAGGCACGGGGGCGCGUGUCUCCAUGCACUCCCUCUCUCACUGCCCAGGAGGGGGGUGUGGUGAGCCCCCUGCAGAAAUGGCUCUGAGCAGGGAAGGGGCCCAGGGUCACAGAGCCAAGAGGAGACCAGCCACUCUGUUUGAUCUUAGGGGUGUAGGAACCCAAAGUCCACACUCCCCAGCCCAGGGGACCCCAGCACAAUCCCUGGGACAUCUCCCCACUUGCCUCUCAGUGGACUGACUGUUGCCCCAAGAUCUCCACCAUCACUGCCCUGAAACCUUCAUCCACGCAGCACAUUCUGUUAAGCACCUGCUGUGUGUCAGACCCCAGGCUGGGCAGUGAUGGGAACUGGCCAUGAGUCAGGCAGGCCGGGUCCCUGCUCUGAAGGGAGGCCACCAUCUGGUGGGAUAGAUACACAGAUCUGAGCUGAACACAGUGACGAGGGCUGUGGAAGCACCAAGGGAAGUUUCCAGAAACCAUUCCACUUUAGAUUUCUGCAUAAACCUGGACGCCUCUAACAUCCAUCCCCAGAGGUCCCCACCACCACCCACCCCACUGGCUGAGGGCACACACACGGAAGGGCACUGCCCGGGAAACCUUCACAUAAAUCCCCAAGGACCACAAGGCCAGUGUAGACACACCCAUUCCACUGGGGGAGUUUCCAGAUCUCCCCCAGCUCUUAGCGCAGUGGACCCUGCUCAGCAAACAUGUGUCCCUCUGAUGGCGUGUCCACACUCAGCCGGACUCUUGCACGCGUGCUGUCUGCCCUCCAGACACACCGGUGAGCGGGUGAUGCUCAUGGUGCUGGUCGGCGAACUGGGGAGGGAGGGCCGGCGAGAAGGGAAUCGUGAGUACGGACGCUGAGUGCUGGGCCCACAGUCAAGUCGGAACAGUCUGUUCGAGAGCCAGCCACGGGCAUUAAAGAUGGGGUUGGGGGGUGGGGGAGAGCAUCCCAGCACAAAGGCCCUCAGGCAGCAGCGUGCUUGAUGCUUUCAAAAGAUCCAAAGAAAUCAAGGAUGGCAGAACCGGCAGGAGGGCAGAGGGGUUGAGGGGGAGGGAGUCCAGGCUCUCUGCAAGGCGUACAGACACAACACCCCAUCCUUUGAUAAAGCAUUUUCCAGCUCCAUAAGGAAAGGACUCUCCCCCAUUUCGUGGACUAGGAAUCUGAGACUCAGGUAGGUCCGUGACCUGCCCAAAGUUCACAAGGCAGGCUGGGGCAGAGCAAACCCGUGGUUUCCCCACAUCUCCCCAGACAGGAGGGCCCAAGUGUAUGGUUUGGCAACAGCAGAGGGAAAACGUCAUUUGAGGUGUUGAGUAGGGAUGGGCACAUCUUCUUUCCCUGGACGCUGUGGGCAGCCCUGGAGAGGGGCUCAGCUCCCUCUGGCCCAGGGGGAUCAACUCUCACUUGCAUCAGAUGUGCAGAGCCUCGGGAAUCAGGGGAACCCGAGGUUCGGGGGGGUACAAGACCCAGAUUCUGACGUCAGCUCUGCACUCAGAGCAGUGUGACCUCGGGCCAGGCCUGUGCCUUCUCCGCCCUCAGUUUCCCCCUCGGUAAGAGGAA